GCCUCAAAAUGGCCGCCUUCUGGCGUCUCUGCCGCUGUUGAAUGGAGAAAGCUUUAUUGUUCCCUUCGGGCAGGAGUGUUCGUGUCCUCUAUGGCGCUGUCAAUAAAGAACGGCAGUUUGAAUCGGUGCUGAACAGGCUGCCUCCGAAAGCCAUCAUCCCGAUAAUGUGAAAAAAGCAAGCUGUAACCACGUAGAGGAAAGAAUUAAAUAUUAAGGGCAUUUAAAUUCGGAGAUGAGAUUGUCACUGUCUUGAAGUCCUGCAGAGGGUGUGGUGUGUCGUUUGCAGAGACCUUUGCGGUUUUGAGACGUCUGCAGCCCUCAAGGGAGAGAAGGCGCCGAUCCGCAGAAAGCGGAUUCCGGAAGAAGAGAGGGGGAGACGUCCUCGGGGCAGAGCUGAUGCGAUGGAGCUCCCCAACUAUAGCCGGCAGCUGCUGCAGCAGCUCUACACCCUGUGCAAGGAGCAGCAGUUCUGUGACUGCACCAUUUCCAUUGGCACCAUUUACUUCCGGGCCCACAAGCUCGUCCUGGCCGCGGCCAGCCUCCUGUUCAAAACCCUGCUGGACAACACCGACACCAUCUCCAUCGACGCGUCUGUGGUGAGCCCCGAGGAGUUUGCCCUCUUGCUGGAAAUGAUGUACACUGGCAAGCUGCCUGUGGGCAAGCACAACUUCUCCAAAAUCAUCUCUUUAGCCGACAGCCUGCAGAUGUUUGACGUGGCCGUUAGUUGUAAAAACCUUCUGACCGACCUCGUAAGCUGCUCCGUUCAGGGCCAGGUGGCGAGGGAUGUCUCCGCACCGUCCUCAGAGUCAUUCAGGAAGGAGCCCGAGAAGCCCGAGGUGGAAAUCCUUUCCCCUGAGGGUGCCGGAGAGCCUCGUUGUUCCCUGGAGGAUUCUGCCCCUCGGGGGGGCCCGGUGAAAGCCGAGACCGAGGAGGCGGUCCAUAUGGCUGCAGAGGAGAUGAGCGUGGGUCCUUCCACUGCCCAGGAGAUUCCGGGGAAUGCAGACGCCCCGGUGGAGACUCCUCGUCCAGCUGAAGUUUGUUCCCCCUCCCCUGCCGGACAAGCCUUUAGUGCGGCGAAGGAGGCGAGCACGGAACCAGAGUAUGAGAGGAAACACCGUCAGCUGAAUUUUCUUCUAGAAAAUGAAAGUAUCUUCUCUGAUGCACUCUUGGUUACCCAGGAUGUUUUAAAAAGACUAGAAGAAUGUUCAGAAAUUAAAGGUGCACAGGAGGAGACUAUAAUGGGGUGUCUUGAGGGUGAAGAAGGACGUUCAGCAUUCCAGAGAAUCCUGGAUAAAGUAAGAGAUGAGAGCCUGGAUGUUCAGACUGUUGUGUCUCUGUUGAGGCUAUACCAAGAUUCCAAUCCUGCAGUAAAGGCAGCGUUGUCACACAGAAAGCCAGAAGACGUACAAGCAGCACAGCCAGAAGGGAGCACAGAGGAGGGAAAGACCUUGUCUGCUCUGUUACUGGAACACAAAGAGGACCUGAUCCUGUGUGUCACACAGCUGAGACCCAUCCUGGAGUUCCUGGAAACAGCCAAGGAGGAAUUCCUAACUGGCGCUGAGAGAAGGGUGAUCCUGAAUUGCUGCGAGGGCGGGACCCCCAAGGAGACCAUAGAAAAGCUGCUGCACAGAAUGUCUGAAGACAAGACUCUGACUGCAGAGAGUUUGGUAAAACUCCUUCAGGCUGUGAAACCGACGUCCCCAAACUUGGGCCUUCUGCUAGAGAAUUUGCAGAAAUUAGCCACUUCGCCAAGCACCACAGUCCAAGCAAGCCCUGAUGAUUAUGGGACUGAGCUGUUGAGACGGUAUCACGAAAACCUUUUGGAGAUUUUCACAGACAACCAGACAUUACUAAAAAUGAUCCCACACAUGAAGGGUUUAGCCCCCGGAGAGAGAGAGGUCAUGGAGAAGCUUGUGAAACAGGACUCUGGCUCGGGUGGUUUCAGUUCUCUGAUGUCAGCAGUUCUAGAAAAGCAGACUGUCUCUGCAACAGCCAUUUGGCAACUGCUGCUGGUGGCUCAGGAGACAAAGACCUGCCCGUUGAACCUGCUCAUGGAGGAAAUACGAAGGGAGCCUGGUGCCGAUGCUUUCUUCCGGGCAGCGACCAACCCAGAAAGUGCGGCCUUAGAAGCCAUGCUAAGGCAUCGCAGACUGAUCCUAGAGGCCAUCCAACAAGGGACUGGACUCAAGUGCUUUACCGCAGAGGAGGAGCAGCUGGCAGAGGCUGUGAAGGAGAUUCUGAACAUUUCCCCUGAGACAGCCAGCCCUGAAGCUUCCCUGAAAGCAGUGCUGAGCAGAGCCAUGGAAAAAUCUGUCGCGGCCGUUGAAAUAUGUUCCCUCCUGUGCAGUGUCCACAGAUCUUUCCCAGGCCUGCAGCCUGUCAUGCAUGAGUUGGCAUACACUGGCUUCCUUACUCAGGAAGGUGGAGAGAAGGAAAGGUGGAAAGUGAGCAGUAAAUUUCCCCGCGCAGCCAACGACAGAACAGAUGAGAAGGUAGCCGAGCCAGCGGAGGAAGGCUGCCGGUCUGGGAAGCAGAGCAGUCAAGGAGAGACCGGCUCCUUGCCAGAGCCACAAGCGAAAAACACGUCUGCCUCCCCCGACCCUGCCAAGAAGAGCUUCGUCUGUAAGGCCUGUGACAAAAGCUUCCAUUUCUACUGCCGUCUGAAGGUGCACAUGAAGCGCUGCCGGGUGGCCAAGAGCAAACAGGUGCAGUGUAAGGAGUGCAGUGAGACCAAGGAGUCUAAGAAGGAGCUGGAAAAACAUCAGCUGGAGGCCCACGGUGGAGGAGGAGAGCCCGAUGCCCCGAAGAAGAAGAAGAAGAGGCUUCCAGUGACAUGUGACCUUUGUGGGAGAGAAUUUGCCCACGCCUCAGGCAUGCAGUACCACAAACUGACAGAGCACUUUGAUGAGAAGCCUUUCUCCUGUGAAGAGUGUGGGGCAAAGUUUGCGGCCAAUUCUACCCUGAAGAACCACCUUCGCCUUCACACUGGGGACCGCCCGUUCAUGUGCAAGCACUGCCUCAUGACCUUUACCCAGGCCUCUGCCCUGGCCUACCACACCAAGAAAAAGCACUCGGAAGGGAAAAUGUAUGCCUGCCAGUAUUGUGAUGCUGUGUUCGCCCAGUCCAUUGAGCUGUCCCGCCACGUGAGGACCCACACCGGGGACAAGCCAUAUGUCUGCAGGGACUGUGGCAAGGGCUUCCGGCAAGCCAAUGGCCUGUCCAUCCACCUGCACACCUUUCACAACAUAGAAGAUCCCUACGACUGCAAGAAAUGCCGGAUGAGCUUCCCCACCCUGCAGGACCAUCGCAAGCACAUCCACGAGGUCCACUCCAAGGAGUACCACCCCUGCCCCACGUGCGGGAAGAUCUUCAGCGCCCCUUCCAUGCUGGAGCGGCACAUGGUGACCCACGUCGGGGGGAAGCCCUUCAGCUGCGGGAUCUGCAACAAGGCCUACCAGCAAUUGUCUGGUUUGUGGUACCACAACCGGACCCACCACCCUGAUGUGUUUGCCGCUCAGAAUCAUCGAUCUUCCAAAUUUUCAUCGCUCCAGUGCGGCUCCUGUGACAAGACCUUUUCCAACACCGUUGAACACAAGAAGCACAUCAAAGCAGAGCAUGCAGAUACGAAGUUCCACGAGUGUGACCAGUGUAAGGAGCUCUUCCCCACACCGGCUUUGCUGCAGGUUCAUAUCAAGUGCCAGCAUUCAGGGUCGCAGCCGUUCAGGUGCUUGUACUGUGUGGCUACUUUCCGCUUCCCGGGAGCACUGCAACACCACGUCACCACGGAGCACUUCAAGCAGUCAGAGAACACCUUCCCCUGUGAGCUCUGCGGGGAGCUCUUCACCUCGCAGGCCCAGCUUGAUAGCCACUUGGAAUCUGAACACCCAAAGGUGACGGGCUCUGAGACUCAAGCAGCAGCCUCACAGGUGGGGCAGGUGAUCCAAACCCCAGAGCCAGCGGCCCCGACGGAGCAGGUGAUCACCUUGGAGGAGACCCAGCUUGCUGGGUCACAGGUGUUUGUGACCUUGCCGGAUUCACAGACAUCUCAGACCAGCUCUGAGCUUGUGGCGGUGACCGUGGAGGAUUUGCUAGAUGGUACCGUGACCCUCAUCUGUGGCGAGGCCAAGUGAGCGGCUGCCCAUCCAGGGGAGGGUCCUGCGUUUGCCGUAGAGAGAACGCUCCGCAGCUUUGCCCUUUGCCCUCCGCCCCCAGCUGGCCCGAGUAGUGGGCAUCUUAGCCUCCACCAACCGGAACACUCUCACUUCGGUCUCAUAGAACCAACAGUGUUGGAGUCAUCGGCACCGACACCGCUGCCCUUCAGAGGGGACGGGCCUAUGGCAGUGGCCUCUGUGAUGAGCAGUGGGACGGGAGCUGGUGGCCAGGGCACCAGAGAGGGGCUGUGUGCCGGCAGCCUUCCCUGCAGAAUGGCAGGUGCCUGUGGGACGGCGGUCACAUAUCGGGGGCAGCCUUCCCUGUGCAGAAUGGCAGGGGUGUGGGGGACAGCGGCCCACAGAUCGGGGCUUCCGGUGCCUUCUGGCCGUCUAAAAAUGAGAGCAAAGCACAACGGACCAUCCAGAGACCCCCAGGCUGGUGCACACUGGCCUCUUCCUCACCCUGUCAUCCUCCCAUCUGCUCUGGAGGCCCAGCCCACUCCCGGUGGAUGGGGAGCGGCAUGGUAACGCGGGAAGGCCUCGCUUCCAUGCCGAGUCCCACCUCGUCAGGACCGUCAGCCCUUCCCCAAACGAGAAGGAGUCAGUGUGGGGCCGUCCCGCCGCAAAGACAAUCCCUGCCUUUCCAGGAUGUUUUCCGUGGUGUUCUGUACCUGAAGGCUGGUUCCUGCAGCCUUCCCGCAUUCCCCUCACCCCUAUUUCCAGUCAGAGCGGGAAAUGCCUACGUGGCCUACAAGCCUGGCUCCCUCACUCUGGAGCUGGUAUUACGGCCAAUGAACCAGUGCCAGGCCGGGUGCAGUGGUGUCUGUGGUUGCCCCUGGCUCUUCCUCCGGCCACGCUCCCCCUGCCUUGCGAGGGGCCUGUCCGACUCUCCAGGCUGCCGCUGUUACCACAGGGUCGUGAGCCUUUGGAGUCUGAACUUCACCAAGUUUUUUAUGUGCGGUUCCUAAAAUAUAAUCUGAUAAUUAAUGGUUUGUGGAAUCCAUUAUGAAGUGCAAUUAGAUGGAUGUAGGUUCCCGCCGUUUGGAGGGAACGACUAGCAUUUGUCUUCCUUUCCUCGAUGCCAGGAGGUCGCAGUCUGCUAGUGCUGUGUUUACACAGCAGGCAGGGCUCCCUGCCACGGCGAGGGGCUUGACCCCUGCGGAGCUAGUGCCCAGUGGCAUCGGCCCCCCGCAAGCCCACGCCUCCUUGCCGAGCACAUUUCGCGUCACCCCGUACAAGCAGGGGCAGGGGGUCAAUUUGGGACCUGGUGAGGACUUCACCGCCUACGUGCCCCGCUGGAAGGGCAGAAGGCGGAGCCUUGCCGCUGACCAGGGCGUUCGCUGCGGCCAUCUGGCCGAGCGCGGGCGGUGAGCUCCAGCGCAGGCCUGUGCACACCAGGCAGCUAACUGCUCCUGCCUCCACUCGUGUCGUCGUUUUGAUAUGCAAGUCACUUGAGCUUGUCGGCUCAGGGAUCUUCCAUUGUGGAGUAAAUGAAGUUUUCAAAGGCAAGUCCUCAAAAGCCAAAACCUGACCAGAAGAUGGUGCUCAAACCCUUAAGACGUGGCCUCCACGUGAAGCCCUCACUGCUCCUGCCACGGCGGUCUCUUCUGAAGGUUCUUCGGUCCUGUGAGCUGUCAGACCGGGACAGCUCUCGAUCUGCAACUGGCAGAGUGGCACCGAAUCGCCCCUUGGGACCGGACGAACCCCUCCGGAAGAGAAUGGAGUGGCCGUGCCUACAGGGCCACGGGGGCCAGCCCGGCGGAUAAAGUGCCGCUCCCCACGAGCCUCGGCGGUGGCUGGGGAUUGCAGCGCCGUCAGAAUCCCUUCUAGUCGAAAAACAAAUAGCAACUUAAUUGCUAAGGGCCUGUAGGGAAAAGUGAUUUUUCUUUUUAAAAAAGUCUCCUGAUGAAGGAAAGCUGAAGUUUUUAAACCAAGUUCCAGAUCUUGUCAAGUUCCCAGAAAUCCUUUCUCAGGUCUCCGGUGGAGCCCCACGUUGUGGCCCCACAUUUCCUCCAGAAUCGCCAGACCCGCAGCUCACUGGCUGGGAGCAAACAGAGGGGUCGGACCCUGUGGCCCGUUCUGCAGGAGGCACGGACCCUGUGCCGCUUCUAGUCGACAGUGAGGAAAGGUGCGUCCUGAGUUUAGUCAUUGCUCCGAGGGGACCUCUGCAGGGCACUGCGUGGUGGUGAUUUUACAGUGUCCCUCCCCAGAGAUGCCUAAGCGUGGAUUUUAAUCGUAGGAAGACUUUUUCUAGCUCUACUGUUUUUGUUCUUUCCUCCCACUGCUGCCCAAGAGACCUUCUGAAUGUCUGCCACAGAGGACAUUGUCAUUGUGCUCUCCUUGGUCCCCAUCACUUGCUUUCUUAUGGCAGAGGUGUCUGCCAGGGGUGUGCCCUGCUGGCCUCCAGGCUGAACCCUGGCGCAUUUGCGGUGGCGUGGAGGAGCCUGUGGGCUUCCCGGCUGCGUUCAGUAGGACCGCAGACUCUCUCUGCUUCCAGAGCUCGUGGAGCAGCCGGUGAGGAGUGGAAAGGCAGUCAGAUUCCAAGCUGGAGUCUGCUUCUGUGGGAAUAAUGGGGAUCAUUUAUGGAACGGGAUUUGCCAUCCCAGGUAAGUGAGACGACAGAUAGGAGAUUCAAGAGCAAGGGUUGCCCGAGGAAGAUGGGACUGUCCCAAGUACCUGAGCAGCACCUGGGGCCGGCAGGCCAGCAGAGGGGCUGAGGCAAAGAGCCUGUCUCUUCUGUCUCAGAAGCUUUAUGUUUAGAAGCCUUUGAGCCCAGCGAGUGCCAGGGUCUAUGCUGUGAAUCCUGGGUUCCGUGAUGAAUCCUGGUGAUCCGUCCAGGGCUUCUGUGCGGAAACACUGACCCUCCUCUCCCACCAACCACGGGCGUUGGCCACAUGCCCCAGGGAAGAGCUCUGAUGGUCAGGUGCUGAGGGACAAAAUGAGGUCCAGUCCGACAGGGCGAAUGGGUUGGGGGGUUGGGGGGUGGGGGGGGGGAGGUGGCCUACUCUGUUCAUGGUUUUCAAUAAAUCAGGUGUACUCUCAGAAUGAGAAAGAUGAGAUGGGCCCUAAGAGUUUCUCACUGCAGGUGAUGUCGCGGUCUCCACAGGCUGAUGACAUGUUAAUGAGAUGGGAGGGCUGUGCCUUUAAAUCUCCAUGUGCCUGAGAUCUAUGAAUUGCCUAAGGGAUGGAAGAAACUGGUAACCUCGCAUAGAACGGUUGUAGGGGACAAGCAGCAUUUCUAUUAAAUCGGGACUGGAAAGCUGGACAGUGACAGAGAAAUUGCUGGGAUGUUUUAAUUAUUCCUCCCAAAGAAAGAGCCUCAGCCUCAGCCCUGCUCUGCUCUGCUUGGUCCAGUGUAUCCCAGGGUCCCUUGAGUUGUAGGGAAGAAAUGGGAUUAACAGUAAGAUUUGUGGGUCGAAGAGGGUAUUGGAAGCAAGUUGAUGAUGAUUGUUUUGUUGUCAUGGAAAACCUCGGGGCUGGUAGGACUUGGGCCAAAGGUCAAAGCACAGCCAGAACUCAGAAACUUCCUGCGCAUACAGCUGUGCCUCUAAGGACGAGGGAAGCCGCCUGUGUUCUGGGGAUCACGUUGAAAAAAUUAUUUCCUGGGCUAAUUCACAUUGCGUCCCAACCGUGGAAAUGUUCGUCGUUUCUCUUCCCAAGGCCAGCCACACCUCCCACCACGGUCAGGAUAACUAGCCAGCACCUGGUGCUGUGUAAAUUAGAUUACAAACCAUUAUUUUCAUUUAACUUGCACUAUUCUGUAUAAAUAAAAUACGUACUUUGAA